AUGGUAUUUUGGAUUCAAGAAAUUACCAGAAAUAGGCCUUUAAAAACUUUAAAAAUUAAUGAAAAGAAUAUUCAGGGACUGUUAGAUACAGGUGCAGAUUCUUCCUGCAUAGCAGGAAAAGAUUGGCCUAACGGCUGGCCUACCCGGCAUGCUGACAAUAUGUUAGUAGGUUUAGGAACUGCUCCAGCAGUAGCUAAGAGUACCCAGAUUUUAAAUUGGGAGAAUACUGCCAAUAAACAAGCAGGCUCCUUUUGUCCCUAUGUAAUACCUGGCCUGCCAAUGUCCAUUUGGGGAAGAGACAUACUUAUGCAGAUGGGAAUGCUCUUGUAUAGUCCAGAUGACUGGGUCUCCUCACAAAUGUUAAAAAUGGGAUAUGACCCAGAUAAAGGUUUAGGAAAAAAUCAGGAGGGAAGAUUAUAUCCUGUGGUUACUGAGCCCAAAAAUGAUAAACAUGGAGUGGGCUAUCCAAAUUUAUAA